UAGCGCAAAUCUAUGACGUGCAGCGGGUAAAGUAAAUAUAAACACUAGUACUUUAUUUACUCUAUGAAAUAAACUAAAAUGAGUAAACGGAAGAAGGAACAUUUAUGUUUUAAAUGUGGAAGAGCGUAUGAAUUGUACAAAAGUUUUCGUAGUCACUUGUUGAAAAAGCAUCCCGAUAAGGUUGACGACAUAUCUUCUUCCAAGAACAGCAGAAAAAUAUAUAACUUUAAGUGUAAAAGUUGUGAUAAACAAUUUAAUCACUUUCGGAAUUUGAGAUACCAUGAACGUAAAUUCCACAGUUCGGAAAAUGUUAUCAAAGACAGUUUCAAGUGUUCAGUGUGCGAAUUUAGGCCGAACACAAAGACGUCGUCGUUAAAUCAUUUGAAAUCUAAACACGCCGUCACUGUUGAACCCCAAGAGAUUGAGUUUUCUUCUUUCGAAGAUUUUCUAACAUGGAAGGAAAAUGUCGAAAAGGAAACACAUUCCAGUGCUCUACGAAGGAUGGCCCAGUCCUUGGUUGUGGGGGCUGCUCCUGAGAUGGUGACCCAGGAAGAAGAGCCUGACAACCGGCCCUCGGGCGACUCCACUCCAAAUUCUUCUGUGUUGGGGUGGAAGCCAGUCGUCUUCGUCCAGGAGGGUGCCGCCUGGGUCGCCGCUCACUGCGGGAAGCGGCCAGCACAACGGCGGAGGGAUGCUGAGCGCAGGAUUGCGCACAGGCUUCGCAGCCGAAACGCCAAUCCUGCUCCCCCGGCCAAGCCCAGCAACUCCACAGCCCGUGAAGAGGUGGAGUUUGGCGAGUCUGCAGCUGUUGAGGCGAGUCGGGCCCCAAGCCAGGGGUUCGACCCAACCCAGAUCUAUCUGGAUUGCGAACUCCGGCUGCAGCUCGCACGGCUGGAGGACCACCGUGUCCUCACCACCGCCCUUUCAUUGGUGGUGAGGGACACCAUUCCGGGAGGGGGGGGGGGCGAACAUCUGCUUCCCCCAGCCCGUGCUCGUGCAGUGCAUGACGUUGGCAGCCGCCAGAUUGCCAACUGACGCUGCACGCCUUCGAGCCCUGGUCGAGGAGGCAAUUAGAGAAGAGGCCUCUCGACCGACUGGGACGAGGUUGCCAGGGACUUCGCCCUGGCACACGGAAGGUGAAUGCGGGACUGGUCCAAGCCGUACAGCGAGGGAUGCCGCGUUGUGUGGUACUAAGGACCCCGGGAUUGUGAUCUACCAGCCGCCUUCAUCAUUCAAGGAGCUGUCCCGCCACCAGAUGCAGUGGCAGGGGAAGGGGGGGGGACCCUAGGCCCCCCCUGCUCAGAGUGCAUCUUCCCUCUGCCCACCGGGCCAUCCUGGUGGGCACAACAUCAGCCACCACCGACGACGACACCCGCACCGGCCGCGGAACGCGACUACGGAGAGAGAAGAGGGACACAACGCCAGUGAAGACCAUCGGGUGGGGGGCGGUCGGCUGGGCCGUGGGAUCGCAUGUGAAAGGACAGGCGACUCCGCGGCUUGGUCGGCUUCUCUGCACCGGGUGGAGCAUCAGCGCCAAUGGCACCAAGACCUGCAGCCAGAUGUGAGGGCAAGUCAGGUAGUACGGUGAUGAGGGGGAGAUGGUGCGGUACCCGAGGGGGAGAUUCGUCUCUCUCUCGGUCGGGUGUCGCACUAUCUCUCCUGGAAGCUGGAACCCUGGCCCCCAGGUGUGGAGCCUUCAUGGGGAAGUGUAGUGGUCGGAAUCCGGAGAAGUGUUGGGGGACGGGGGUGAGUGGCCUUUCGAAAAGAUGAGUGCACAGGAGGGCCACUCUGAUCUCCUAACCGAGCAUGACUCCACAUUCCCGGCCAUGAAACCUUUCUCAUGGGACUUCACAGAAGAGAGUGCCCAACACCAUCACUCUUCUGGUUUCGGCGACAGUUGUGGACUGAUUUUCUCUAAGUGUUAUGUGUUUCCCCCUCCUUGCCCUCCUGGAGCCAAUCCUGGGAGAUGCCGCGCCCCUAUGCUCCGAACAGAGUAGGGGAGGUGGCGCGUCAUCGACUUUGAGAAGCGACAGGUGGGGCACGCACCCUUUUUCCUUCCCAUGCUGUACUCUGCUGUCUCCCUCACGGGAGACUAGUAAGAGUGCAGCCUUCCCCAGUGUUUGUGUUUGUCCUGUCGAGUCACACCCGUAAGGUCUUCAUGUUUUUUCUUUGUACAGUAGAACAUCCUGUAUCCGUAAUUCUACUUACCGGAAUUUCUACUAUCCGGAUGAUUUCCGAGAGUUAAAAAAAUUUACAAAAUUUUAAAAAAAUAUAUAUAUUUUUAAAUGAUUUAUAAUAUAUACAGCAAAACCCCUUAUUUGCACUUUUCAUGGGGACAAAGUAAAAAAGUUUAAAAAGCGGGAAAGUGUAAAUAAAGGGAAAAGUAUAAAAAGGAGUACAGUUUACCUUAUUUAGAAUUUUUUUCCUUUUGUUUAAUAGCACAUACUACAAUGCAGGUACAAACACACUAACAACAAAUUUUACUUUAGUAUUUAAUCAAUUAUUAAUUUACCACAUUUGACAAAAAUAAAAAAAGAAUGAAAGCCAAAAUGUUUUUCUGAUUUCUUCCUAAAAAAUAAAUUUGAAAUUUUCUUCUGCUUGCUUUUUUGGUUGUUCAAGGAGAUUAUUUGCCUCUCCAAAUUAUAAAUACAGUUGCGACCGGCAGGGUUUAUAACAAAUACGGGCUACAUACACAUUGCUCACAGUAAAAAAUUUUUUUAAGAAAAGGCAGCAAAUUGAUGAAUAUUUACCGUCAAUAGCGCGCCAAACGCGGAGAAAGGUCAUUGUACUCGGUCAGCUGCUGUAACGACGCGGCGGCGCAUGCGCACUCUAUGCUCCGCCCAGACUCAUGACGCCAUCAGCCGCCAACCAAUAGAUGCGAGCUUAGCGGAAAAAAAUAUAAGCUCCACCUCCCGUGUACCAAUUUUAUCCAGUUCUAAUACCAGUUUAUUGGUAUACGCACCAGUUUUCUCGCUGCCGUGACAUGUUCAAGUUUACGUUUAUCAUGAUGUCUUGAUACCAAUAAUUAAUUAUUUACGAUCCCCAGAAAUAAAUGGUUAGUUUAAAAAAUAUGGCGUCAACUGUACAAUACUUCCCAAAUUAUAAAAGACGUAUAAAACAGUUACCAAGACACCGCUCAUUUUAUCUUGUGAAGUUUAUGUCUCGUACCAGUAUUUCGGCUAAGUUGUGACAUAAAUACAGUAUCAGAACUUACAAGCAGCCAUGUUUGUACAUUCAUGAGUUUACGUUUUUCCCUCGUGCAUUUUAGAUUGUCUGCUGCUAUAAUUACUCGUACUUUUACACGCCUAGGCUUAAAUUAUUACAUGUUUAGAAAUAAAAGCAACUUUUCAUGUUAUAAAAUAUGUAUAUUUUGCUAUUUAAAAUGUUCAUUGCCUACUAGCUCCACGGUAUUUUCUGGUUGUUUAUGGUUGUUACGUGACGUAAAUAGCGGGAUUGAUUCGAUUUUUGAGACGUAAUUCGCGGGAAAGUAUUGUAUUGGACUAUAUGGGAACCAAACGAGAUCUGAAGAAUAUAGUGCAAAUAACGGGAAAACGUAAAUAACGGUAACGUAAAUAAGGGGUUUCGCUGUAUUAAUAUAUAUUAUUCCCGCGGAAGUAAAUACUGAUUGUUUGCGCAGUUCACGCCCCGUAUAGUCAGUCAGGGUGCACUUGAUUUUAUAAACACUCAGUGAGUUAUGAUGGAAGCCAAGGCUUCCGGUCUCGCGACUGCAGUGCACGGGCGUCGAGCGCAUAUCAGGAAUUGGCGGCAGCGGCCCCGCCUACACGUGAGCGCGCCGUGAUAACGCGUUGUAGGGGAGGGGGAGUGGUGUAUUGUGUGCGUUCAAUGUCAGUCUUGCUUGUGGUGCGCGAUCGCUAGUAUGUACGUUCCUGCAGACACGUGAUGAUUUCAAAACAUAAACUUCCUGGUGAUGAGGAAAAGAGUAGUAAACGAAGGAAAAAAGUUCUUACCAUUAAAGAAAAGGUUGAGAUUCUCAAGAAACUAGAUGCUGGGACUUCUGUUAAAAAUCUCAGCCAAUCAUAUGAUGUCGGCAUUUCGAUGAUUUACGACAUAAAGAAACAAAAGAAUGAACUGUGUAAAUUUUAUUCAGACAGUGAUACGAAGAGAGAAAUUGAAAACAGAAAAACAAUGCAGGGUGAUAAUGCUCUUUAUCAAUGGUUUCGUUUGCGGCGAAGUGAAGGUGUUAGCAUAUCUGGACAGAUGCUGAUUGAACAGGCAAAAAUGUUUCAUGCCGAACUGAAUCUAACAUACGAUUGUGACUAUUCGUUAGGGUGGCUUCAUAAAUUCAAAAAACGCCAUGGAAUUUCUUUUUUCAAACUUAGCGGUGAAAAGCUUUCUGCAGAUACAGUGGCGGCGGAAAAGUUUGUUGUUGAGUUCGCAGAAUAUGUGUUAGACAACAACUUAACAGCAGACCAAGUUUACAAUGCGGACGAGACUGCUUUGUACUGGCGUUGUAUGCCUCGAAGCACGCUGUGCACUGCAGAUAAUCCUCACAGCGGGAUGAAAGAUUCUAAAGACAGAUUGACCGUGCUUGGUUGUUCAAAUGCUGCCGGUACCCACAAGCUGAAGCUACUCGUAAUUGGCAAAAGCUUGCGCCCAAGGGUGCUAAAAGGUGUUAAAGUGUUACCCGUUGAAUACCGAGCUACAAAAACCGCGUGGAUAACAUCUGCAAUAACCACAGAAUGGUUUGACAGUUUUGUGCGCCAGAGCCGGCAACACUGUAACAAGAUAGGCUUAGACCCGCACUGCAAGAUUGUCCUUGUGCUAGACAACUGCUCCGCGCAUCCUGCAGCUGAAACACUAGACAGGGAUAAUGUUUCUGUCAUGUAUCUGCCCCCUAACUGCACUGCACUAAUCCAAACGCAAGAUCAGGGAAUAUUACUCUCCCUAAAAUGUUGUUAUUGCACGGAGUUCAUGAAGCACUUUUUAUCUGAUCUGAAUGGCGGAAAAACAAUCUCAGAAAUUAAAAAGGAAUACACCAUUAAGGAUGUCAUAUGGUCACUAGCUCGUGCAUGGGAAGGUAUGCCUGCGUCAACAUUUCACAAGGCAUGGUUUAAAUUGUGGCCGACUUUGGUUUAUCGUGACGAGGUUCAUGACAAGGGAAAUGAAGCCGACUUCAAAGGUUUUGAACAAAAAAACGUGAACGAACUGCUGGAGUAUGCCAAGAACAUAACAAAUCCAGAACUAGAAGACUUACAAUUGCAAGAACAAAACAUUGUGGAAUGGUUUUGUGUUGAUGAUAAUGUUCCCGUUGUGCAUCACUUUUCAGAUAAGGAGAUAUUAGACUCUGUUAAGUGUAACAAAGACGACGGAAACAAUGAAAGCAGUAGCGAUGAAGAUGAACCACAUGAGAAAAUCUCGCAAGAUGAGUGCCUUCACCACAUUGAACGAUUAAUAGCUGGCCUAGAGCAACGAAGUUAUGUCAACAACCAGCAAAUUAUGCAUUUGUAUAUGCUUCAAAAACAGCUGACUGAACAGAAGCACAAACGUGUGCGGCAACAACGCAUUAGUGACAUAUUCAAAAGCUCCUGUUUCCACACAUGCUUCAACUACGAGUGAGAACAUUGACGAUCCAACACUUGGCACCAGUGGCACAAACGUAAACAGUUACGUUCAGAGUGACAGUGACAGUGAUUAACUUUAACUUCUCCUGUCUUUCACAAUGUGUGACGAUUUAGGUAAUUUGUUGUUUAGCUUUUUAAAUUUAAAUUAAUGUGACUGUUAAACAAUGUUUCUUACACACAGACAAGUGGGGCCGUAUACAGUGAUUAUUUCAAUGCAGUUUAUCUAAGUUCUAGGACAUAAUUUUUUAUUCGCGGGACAUGUGUAGCCUACAGUGAGUCAUGGUAAGUGUUUUUUUAUUUGUAAUGUACCGUACCUAACUGUACCAUGUAUUAUUAUUUUAUAUUUUAUUUAUGCAACAUGUGGAUACACCAAAUCACUGUACAAACUGUAUGUAAAUUACGUAAUUGUAACACAAUUCAUUGAAUGUCAAACGUCUCGCCUACGUCUUCUUGCUUCGCGCGGACAUCAUGGUACAGUCACGUAGCUGUAGCGUGCUUCUAGGCAAGGUCUGAUAAGCGUGCCCGUGGCAAGGUCACACCACCGGAUGUAGCUGUCAUCACCCUACCCCCACCCCCCUUGCCGUCCUCAUCUACAGCUACAGGAUGUUCACAAACUUCGGGAGCAAUUUUUUUUUUUCAAUUCGGGGGCCUUAUAGUGAAUUUCUACUUUCCGGAAUAGUCUAAGUCCCGACCAUUCCGGAUACAGGGUGCUCUACUGUAUUACUAUAAGGUAAAAGUAAAUGCUAAUAAAUAUCCGCCAUUUCCUGUUUACCUUUUGAAACAGGAACCAGAAACUCAAAUAUCGUAAGAGUUUUUUUGUUGUUACUCCCGCCAUAUUUACAUUAACAAAUAUUAUUGAACUCCCACAAAAUUCACAAGUAAACGAAAUAUUCAAAACUUAACUGAGUACACAUUUACAAAGCAUUAAAACAGUAAACAAAAACAAUUAUUUUGGUGCUCUAUAUUCACUGUGCUUUGGUGACUAAUUUAGAAAUCAGUAGAUUUGGACAUUGAAAUUGUAUACUGGGCUGUUUUCUAAUUGAAAACGUGAUGUCAUUCACAUUAGAAUAAGGACAUGGACCGCCCACACGUUCAGACUAGACGGGCGUUGAUACGAGUGAGCAUGCUACAAAUAACUUAGUGGCAUGGCGUACAUUACAAUAAUAUUUUAUAAAUAAAUAGUUAUAUUAAGUAUAUUAUUGUAUAUCUGGUGACAAAUAUUUUUUUUCACUUCUGUUUGGAAAUUUUAAGUAAUGGAGGCUUAUUCUUACCAUUAGUUUGUAUGAUGAAAUUCCAUUAGUAAUCAGAAUCACAUUCAUGCACACAGUAAAACACUUGAAGCAAAUGUGAUAAGUUGACACCAAAUACUUGAGUCUAAAAGAUAGUCAACACUCACUUCUAUACAGCUAAUCCAGCCAUUUAAUAAUUUGUUGUUUUCUCGUUUGCAGUGCGAAAGAAUGGCUCUUUCCCCAUUUAGUACAGGGUGAACCUGUAAGCUCUAUUUGGCAACAGGAUGAAGCCCCUUCCCAUUGGAAUCUCUUUGUACGAGAGUGGUUGAACAUCGAAGUCCUUGAUUGUUGGACUGGUUGUAAUGGUCGAGACAACAGAGCUCUUUUUUCGCUGGCCUCUACGUUCACCCGACAUAACACCUUGUGAUUUUUUUCCCUUGGGGCUUUAUAAAAGAUUUACCAGAGUUGAGACACAGAAUUGAAGAGGUUAUUUAUUGCUUCCAUUACUCUGGACAUGUUAACCAAAGUGAGGGAAGAAUUGGACUUGAGGUUGGAUGAGUGCCAAGGUGCAUAUAUGGAACAUUUGUAAAUAAAAAAAAAACUAGGUUAGCUUACCUUCAAUUUGAUGUACAAUUUGUGGUAAAUAGUCUAAAUUAAACUGUUAUAAUAUACAAUUGAAACUGAAACCUUUUUUAUAGACAUCCUGUAUACAACAGCCCUACAAUGGUACCGGCCCCAAACCAGCCAACCAGGCAUUUGCUCAUAGCACCAGUUUUUGAGGUGCGACAAAAUUUGGAAGGACAAAAAAUUUUGAGGGAUGGAAAGAAUAAGUUUUUUAAUUUACAAUACUGAUUUGAUUUUCAAAACUACAUGUCAAGGGUAAAGUUUAGUUUAUACUUACUAUUGCAGUGCGCUUAGAAAUAUUACGCCCUAAACCAAAUAUUUACACUAACAAAUAUGAUAAUUAUAUUUUCCUUAAUUAUUAUUUAACCAACAUUUUGUAAUGUUUAGCAUGAUACGUGAGACAGUUUUACAAUAAAAUUAUUUGUAACACAGUUAUCUUGUACAAAAUUACACGGAUCAUUAAAAAUUAAUUUACAUUUGUGCUUGAAAAAUGUACUAACGUCAGUAAUGUAAAAAUAAGUUGAUACGAAAUGCAAGAUCAAACAAAGGAAAGUUCAUUUUUGCUUUUGUAUUUUGUCUGUACAUUUUGGUACAAGCUUCUAGUAAAAAAAUUACAUUCACUAAAUUCAGUAUGUCUAUAAAUCUCAUGAAGUUAGUUGCAUUUCGAUGAUAUAGGGUUAGGAACAAGAUUUUAUAGUUUUAUUUCUAGGACAAUUUGGUUUUAAAACAGGAUAUUAUGUGUAAUUGUUUUUAUUUUUAUAUAUUGUCUUUAUUCAUAAAAAAAAAUGUAUUACUGAACAAAUAUGAAACUAAAUUAUUUCUUAGUACUAAUUUCACCAAAAGUCUCAUUUUGAUUGACACCUGAUGAACUUGCACAGUGAAAUCAUUAGUAACAAGCACGUCUAGAACAGAACUACGCAGAACAAUGAAUAUUAAUAGAAAUUUUUGUGAGUUUUAAAAAUGUACCAUCAUUAAUGUAAAAAUUUGCUACUUGUGUAUGACAUGCAAUAUCUUACAAAAUAAUUUUUUUUUCUAAUCCCUUUAGAUCAUACAUUUUAAUAAAAAUAAAUUACAUUCAAAUGAUUUCACUGUGAUAAAACAUUCAAUUUUUGUAAUUUGAGUUUAGUUUUAUCAAAAGGCCAAUUGAUUUCAUGUUUUUAGUUGAAAUUUGGUGCUAGAUGGUGUAUCAACUUUAUUUUGAUGUUAUAAGUGUAUUGAAAUGCUUUGCGGUAAUAUUUCUGUUGUAUCGCAAUUCACCGUAUAAACUUGUCCCUGUAUAUAUUGUGUUGGUUGGCAUGCUUUACAGAGCAGUCCACCAUGAAACUCUUGUCCCUAAUGAAUUACCGUGUUUUCUCGCAUAAUCGUUGCAAAUUUUAUUCUAAAAUCAAGUUUGAAAAGUAAGGGUGCAACGAUUAUGCGGAAAUUUUUUUUAAUGUUUGAUAAAGUUAUUCAUAAAAAUAAAACCCAUUCGUGGAAAGUACGUUUAUUUAAAAAGUUAUGUACAAACUAGCACGCCAAACAAUUUAAAUUAAUAAGUCGUGCAACAAAAAUUUUUCAACUUUAAAUAGAAAAACAAAACCUGUGAUCCAAAUGCAAGCCUGAACGAACGCGUAACUAUCGCCGCAGUACACAUCACGAAAGAGUGCGGGCCAUCAGAUGCAGUUUACUCGGCACUCUACAGAGAGCGCGUGCUGCAUGCACUCCGCGAGAUAUCGAUGUUCGGCUACGUGUGCGCGCUCUAUACGGGAAGCAACAUAACCAAACAAUUUAAUGAUUGCAACGAGCGCUGGCUACAAUUUCUGUAAGCGGUACACCGCGGCGACGCAGACGAACAGACGAAGGUUAUAACGUUUGAAAAUUCUUUAAAAGUAAAUUUACACAUCGGACAACUUUGUAUUUCCGUUAAUUAAAUAAGUAAGGACGCGGUUACACGGGAGUCUGAACUACUUCAGGUGAACAUGCUCAGCUGUUGAGUGCGGUUUCACACAGUCUGAACAUGUUUCGUUCGAGGCCAUUUCCCAUUUAACUUAAAAAGGUUGGCAAAGUAGUUCAGAUCGACAUAUCUUCUACAUUAGCCUCUGAUUGGCUGUUUCGAAUAUAAACAGUCCUUUGCAGAAAUUCAAGAUGGAAAGUGUUCUUGGCACAAGUUCGAGUAAUAUUUUACAGAAUGCAACAAAAAAAAAUUAACAGGUAAUUAUACACAUAUUUUUUAAUUGAUCCUGACCCAAUUUUCUUAAAACUGAGAUAGGUACUCUUGCUCAUAAAUAAUAAAAAAAUAAGUUUAAGAAAUUUUACUGUGCAUGUUGUUUGAAUUCCCGAUUUGUAAAAAAAAUAUUGAGCAAUAUGAAAACACAUUCCAUUUCUGCUGAUAAUACUGUAUAAACAAGUGAGAAAAUCCAUACUUUUUCUGGAUACAAAACAGAGAAGAUCAACAACAGUCAUUCGUUGACAGUAGACAAUCGGUUUGUAGUAGGGAUGGGGCGAAUCCUGAUUUCCUCGAAUCCGAAUCCUAACUCGAAUCCUCAACUGGAAUUGCCGAAUCUCGAACCCAAACCCGAAUCUUUUAAUAGAUGAUGUCCACAUAUCUAAUGUAAGUGAGAUGUAUUCUGCUUGCACUAAAAGUCCCUUGACUUUAUCACAUGUAGAUUGGUACAUUUCUGGUAUAAGUGUAUAUAAAGACAACAAUUUUUUCUUGAGAAAUUUCAGUUUUAGUACAGAUUAGCGGUUAGGAUUUUUUCUAUAAAUAAGCUAGAGGUCUACGAGCCUAAGAAUUUUACUUCGAGCCGAGCUCGAGCUUUUGUGGUACAGUUACACUUUUGGGAAAUUAUUUUUAUCUUAAACUUAAUAUCAUGUUUGAAUAAAGUAUUAAAAUGAAGUGGGCUUAUUAAUUUUGGGUAACUAUUUACAGAGUGUGUUUACAUUUUGCACUGCUAGAAAAAAUAUAACAUUUUUUUUUCAUUGAAUCUUACCUGUUUCCAUUGGUUCAUUAGUAACUGAUAUCAUCCAACUAACAUAACCAAGUAUAUGUUUGUGUAAAUGUAACAUAUCUUUGGAAAAAUUUCACCCUUGUCAAUUUUUCUGGAGUCCUUACUGAGCUUCAACAAACUUAGCACCAAAAAUCAUGUUGUUUGAAAAGUACAUUCACAUUGUUUCAACAUUUCCACUUUUCAGCACAAUAAUUCUGAGAGAGAUUGUCACAGAGUAUUAAAUUCUGUUCUUUAAUCUAUCAUUCAGAACAAUAAUUUGUUCUCUACGAUUGGAGAUAGUGUUUCCUGCAAAAGAGAAGCGUCUCUCGCUGGCAACCUGCUUGGCUGGAAUGCUUUAGUAAAAUUGCUUAACCUCAAAAUUAGUGUCAUAAAUAUCUGUAACUGGUCAUUAAAGUUUAAUCAAUUGAAAGUAAUAAAAAUAAAAACAUUUUACUUCAUUCAAUUUACACUUGCAAAAAAAAAAACAUACACACAAUAAACCUACAUGGAAAUUAAAGUCUUUUUCAAUAUCCUGAAGUCUGAAAUAUGUUUACUCAUGUCAUUAAACGUAGAGCUGUAUUGAAAAAGCCGAUUUUGCCAAUAUUUAGUUGAAUCGGCAUUUCUGCCCACUUCCGAUACAGUACGCUCGUUAAUUUUCGGCCGAUAUUACUGAUAAAGGCCUCUUCACAAUAGCGCGGCGCGGCGCGAUUCGACGCGUAGCGAUGUGACAUCAUUCGAUACCAACCAAUCAGAGUUAACAUCGCUCGCGGCGAGCGAUAGCUCGCGACGUGAGCACAAGCGACAAGACUGCCUUGCCGCGGCGGGCGACAUCGCUGAUGACGUAAGAGUAAACAGCCAAUCGCAAGCAAUAAUUCGGAGAAUUAUAAGAAUACCAGUUGUUAGUAAACAAACAAUUGAAAUAGAAGGCAAUAGGUGUCUGGAAAGUGAUAUUGAUGUAAAAUAAUUUCCUGAUGCAAGGUACCUUUUUUUAAAAAAAAAAAAAA